AUGGAAAAACUCUACAAUGAAAAGGAAGGAAAGCUGGAAAAUGAGGAAAAACCAGAAGAUGAAGUAGAUACAGAAGAUGAAAGAAAGUCAGAUGAGGAAGAAAAGCCAGGAGUGGAGAGGAAACCAAAACACAAAGGAAAGCUCCAGGACGAGGGACAGCCAAAUGAUGAGAGGACACAAGAAAAGCAGGGCAAGUCUGAAGAUGAGGGAAAAGCACGCGGUGGGGGAAAGCCAGAACCCCAGGCAAAGACAAAGAGCGAGCCGCGGGCUGCUGAAAAGCACCAGGCUGAAGAUUAUGUGCCCCGGAAAGCAAAGCGAAAAACAGACAGGGAGACAGAUGAUUCCCCCAAGGACUAUCAGGAGGACUUACAGGAAAGGCAUUUGAGCAGUGAGGAGAUGAUGAGAGAGUGUGGAGAUGUGUCAAGGGCUCAGGAAGAGCUAAGGAAAAAACAGAAAAUGGGUGGUUUUCAUUGGAUGCAAAGAGAGGUACAGGAUCCAUUUGCCCCAAAGGGCCAACGGAGUGUCAGGGGAGUGAAGGGCGGAGGUAGGGGUCAGAAGGACUUAGAAGACAUUCCUUAUGUUUAA